AGAAACACGGGUUAAGAAUGACGAGCAAGAAGUCAAGUCUGACCGUGGAAUUUAAUCAACCUAGUGACAACGUAACACAGUCAGUGGAGAAAAGCCGGUCCUUUCGCGAGGAGCAUAUAAAGAAGAUCAAAGCAACCGCUGGACACGUUGGACUGCUGAUCACCCUGAUGCUAUACACAGCGAUCGGCGGUUUGGUGUUCCGACACAUCGAGCUUCCGGCAGAGUUGGCGCGACUGGAGAGUUUGCGCGCGAAUUUACGCAGCCAGAGAAGUUCGUUCGUCGACUCGAUCUCGAAUAACACCGAUGUAUCGAAUCUACGAACUUUGGUCAGCGUAAAAUUACGUGAUUACGAAGAGGUCGUUCAGGAAGCGGCACAGGGUGGCCUGUUAGUCAGCUUUGUGGCGGACACAAUCGAUCAAGAAGAUCGAGCCACAAGAGAUCUGCCGCCGGUCGUCACUGAAAGAUGGAGCGUUCUUCAAGCUGUCUUCUUCGCUAGUACUGUUCUCACGACAAUUGGGUACGGUAACGUUGUUCCCUCGACUGGCUGGGGCAGGAUCUUCUGUAUAUUCUUCGCUUUCGUUGGCAUACCGCUCACAUUGAUAGUGAUAGCCGACUGGGGAAAACUGUUCGCCGCAGCAGUGGUCAAAGUUGGGUUAGUCGUGAAGUCGAAGCUUCCGUUUCACUAUUCCGUUCCCUGCGUUCCUACAAACUUAGCCGCAAGACGUUCCCUCGGAGCUCUGGCAGCGAUCGUUCUCCUGUUUUUGUACCUCGCAUGCGGCGCGGGAAUGUUUAUGUUGUGGGAAGACGACUGGGACUUCUUCGACGGAUUUUAUUUCUGCUUCGUGACGAUGACUACCAUAGGUUUCGGCGACCUGGUGCCGAAGAAACCAAAGUACACGCUACUGUGCACCCUUUACAUUCUGGUCGGUUUGGCGUUGACCAGCACCAUCAUCGAGCUCGUGAGACGACAAUACACUCAAUCGUGGAGGAGAUUGCAGAGAUUCAGUGGGCCGUUAGCCGAUGCGAUACGGAAGCUGGGCGAGCAGGCUGGUGGCGAUAUGUCUGCGCUCCAUUCGGAUCUUAGGAAAGUAUUGACCGUGAUAUCGAUGCCACGUUUAAAGUGGUCAGCCUCGUUCAGUCGGGCGGACUCGAAGGAUCAAGAAUGGGAAGAGGCAGUGGAGGCUGUACUUCGUGAUAUUGCUGCCAACUCUGCGCAGCCGAAUAUAAAGCCGAUUGUUCAAAUUGUUAUUUACGAAUCUAGCGUCUGACCCAUGAAAAUUUCCCGUUGAAGUGUAUUUCAAAGAUAUGGUCUAGUCAUUGUGUUUGUUUAACGGGACAAUGUUACGAACGCGUGGCGAUUUCUGUAUGCGGUCCCAACGAGAAGUAUGAGUCGAGAUGUCAUGAUUAUGGAAAAUGGAAACUAUUAUUUUACAAA